AUGUUACGAAACGACCCCCGCCAAAGUCGCAAUGUUCCCAAAUAUGGCGCCUGGUCAGAGAACCCCCAAAUAUCAGGGCUUACACCCCUCGCUCCCCUUUUCCCAAAAGCACACAUGGAUCCUGCAGAAAUCGUUCUCCGGAAUAGAAUUGAGGACUUUCAACGAGAGCAAUUUGAUGGAUUUACCUCUCGAGAAUUGGCGGAUAUGGACGUUAUCACUGACAGGCAAUUGAAGGAAUCAACUUUGGAUAAUCCCAUCAUGCCACUUUUCCAACAGCAGAGAUGGGAAAUACAACCCCAUCAGCCGGAUUUGACGAGGGAUCAUAUGUACCCGCUGAUAAUCGAUGGGGUGCAGCGGGGAGAUUGGUCAAUGCAUAAUCCGUUGGUGUAUGAAAAGUUGAAGCCGGUUCUGCAAUUGGCGAGUAGGACUAUAACGAGCAUGUAUACAUUACCGUGGUUCGCAGCUCUGAUAUUCGGCGAAAGAGUUCCUAUUGAUCCAGCGAGGAUUCGUCCAAAAGAUGAAGUUCCGGACAAUUUGGUAUCUUUUCUUCCAUACAAUAUCACAGAUUACAGUCUCGUGCGAAAGAGAAUGGAAGAGGUAUUCGACGAUCUAGAAAAUAACUGGAAUUGCAAAUUCGGCUUCAUGUCACCCGAUGAAGAUCCUCGGGGUCCAGAAUAUCCCAUCGAUCCAGAAGAUACACUUCCAGAUAGUGUGUAUGGACUUACCGUAACGAAUUAUCAAUACAUGGAGUAUCACGAAGCGGAAAAUAAAGAAUGGCAGAUUUAUGUGUGGCUUGCUUAUUCAAGGUUACAAUCAUUAUUCAGAAAUGAUUUGACUACUUCGGAGAGGAAAAUGGUGGAAUGGGCAACUGCUAUUACGCUGGUGCAUGAGAUUGUUCACGCGAUUAAUUUUGUUUGUCCGAGGAUUGAUGGGACGAGAGUGAGUAAUCCAGAUGAUGAGAACCCGCCGUGGUUUUUUGAUGAUGAAGCAUUGGCUGAAGCCGGGUUUAGUUUUGAGGUUGCUUUGAAUGGCGGAACUGUUCGUUCUUUUACCACGGUGAGAGGAAUGCCAUAUGGGCAUUGGUUUGAGACGAUAUGGCCAUCGGUAGAAAGUCAAGAUCUCUGUGGAUCGAAGAGUAUUACGUUAAUGAACCCCGGACCCUUCGAUUACCAGGAAAGAUUUCCAAUACCGGCUUCUUUCUAUGAAGACAUGCAGCAAAGAGAGUUUUGGGAUUAUAUGGUACAUAGAUUUGGACACAAAUUAUUUCACUACCGAUCAAUCAACCAUGGCGUUCGUCUCAAUUUCGACAUCUAUACAAAAAAUAGAACGCCGAUAAAAUUUAGAGAUAUAUCAACUAUACGUAUAGUUCCGGUUACUCCUGAACCAGGACAUGAUAAUGAAAUCUUAAGAGAGAGAUGGGAGAGUAUCCAGGCGAUACUCGGCGCACAAGGCGAAUCUGAAGAGAGAAAAAUUGCUCAAAGUUUCGGAAUGUCUUUAUUGCAAAGUUCCAAGAUUGAAAAUUCGUUCUGGACACAUGAAGAAACGCAACGGAGAGGUGCUGCUGCGAUAUUUGAACAUCUCAAGAAACAGAGCGUCUCGGAAGAAGAAAGACUCUCUGACUUAACACACUUGAUUGGAUUUAUGUGGACGAUUGUACAGAAUCACAAAAAUAAGAUUGAUGCUCUAUUAAAAUCCGGUCAAGCCGAUAUUCCACAACUCCAAAUACCCUCGGAGGAACGUCGAAGAGCUUUACUUGCGUGGAAUAGAGGGACGUCGAUUUUUGUAAAUCAAUGUUCCAAACAAUUUCCUAACGCAUUAGGAGAUCACAAAUUUCAACUUUCGACUCUGGGACUUAGUCUCGAGAUCCUGCGCUUGCAAAUCUUUUCUCCGAAUCUGCAGACCGAAACUAUCAAAUCCGGGCCUGAUUUCAUGGAGCUAGCCUUACUGCUUCGUCUGCAAGAUUCCUUUCUCAAAGGUGAUAGGAUUUCGUGUUGGGAUUUUGUGAAGAGGAUUAGGGAGAUUGAGGGAUGUUCACUUUUUGCAUUUUUGUGUACGUUGUGGGUAGAUACGGUAAUUUAUGAGGGGUCAGAGACGAAUUUGGAGAGGGUGAAGAGUAUGAGGGGGUUUGAGUCGAUGGGGAAUUGGUGGAGAGAGUUGUGGGAUAAGAGUAGUGGGGGGGAGUGGGAGGGGAUGUUUAGGAUUUGGGAGGGGGUGAGGGAGGAAGCGGAGAGGAGGGUUAGAAGUGCGCAUCAUAUGUAG